UCGGAGUGACAAAGAGAACGAGCACAGACCGACGGAGAAGGCAUAAAAAAGGACAUUUCUGAAUUGCCUUUGGGAUUCUAAUCACCUUUACCGUUCGGAACCGCACCUUUGGCUAGUUUCGCGAAGCUAACUGUGUGUAUAUUGGAUUUCUUAUUCCGUGAUCCGUGUGCAUGGAUUUAGGUGCAUCGGAGGAUAUCAGUCUUGAAAUUCGGAAAAUUCUCAUUCGUCUCGUUGGUUCGAGCAAGGAAGCCGCCAUGGCUGGUGCUGUUGGAUCGUUGAGUCUCCACUUCAGUAUAUGAAAAAUACUGUAUGGUUUUGAUUAAAAGCAACCCUGGUUUCUCAGCGGUUUGAUGGUAUAUUAGACACCGACUGUGUUUAUUUGGUAAAUCUCGGUUUCGGUGAGAGAGAGAGAGAGAGAGAGAGAGAGAGAGAGAGAGAGAGAGAAACGAGGAUCGGGGUUUUGUUCAUUGGAAAUUGGGAAAAGGCCAAUUUCAUGACCACUUUGAUUGACCAAAUGUAUGCAAGGUUUACUCACUGAAAUUAAUACGAAUAGUCGUAGAAAAACGACCGAGAGGAAAAUGAUCUGAAAGAGAGACUGUCGGUGGAGAGUAGAAGGUUGAAGAAAACGACCGAGAGAGAAUCCGGACAGUUGCUUUCCCACAUUUUUCUCAUUAUUUCAGUCGGAGAUAAGCUGGUUUCCGGUGGGUCGAAACGGAUUCGUUCACAAGGCAAAUAAACGCAUUUUACUUUGAGAGACGCGUGGGAAAUCGGAUUGGAAAAUGUCCGGUCGGCCUAGAACCACCUCGUUUGCAGAAAGCUGCAAGCCAGUGCCGCAGCCGUCGGCUUUUGGCAGCAUGAAAGUCAGCAGAGAUAAAGAUGGCAGUAAAGUGACCACAGUUGUGGCGACCCCUGGACAAGGACCUGACCGGCCGCAGGAGGUCAGCUACACUGACACCAAAGUCAUCGGGAAUGGCUCUUUUGGUGUGGUAUAUCAGGCCAAGCUCUGUGACUCAGGAGAAAUGGUGGCCAUUAAGAAGGUCCUUCAGGACAAGCGAUUUAAGAACCGUGAGCUUCAGAUCAUGAGAAAACUGGACCAUUGCAACAUUGUGCGUCUGCGUUACUUCUUCUAUUCAAGUGGAGAUAAGAAAGAUGAGGUGUAUCUGAAUUUGGUUCUGGACUAUGUUCCUGAGACUGUGUACAGAGUGGCAAGACACUACAGCCGUGCUAAGCAGACCCUUCCCAUGGUUUAUGUGAAGUUGUACAUGUACCAGCUCUUCAGGAGUCUGGCCUACAUCCAUUCCUUUGGGAUUUGCCAUCGGGACAUUAAACCUCAGAACCUUUUGCUGGACCCAGAGACGGCUGUGCUCAAGCUCUGUGACUUUGGCAGUGCUAAGCAGUUAGUACGUGGAGAGCCCAAUGUUUCCUACAUAUGCUCACGGUACUACAGAGCCCCCGAACUUAUCUUUGGAGCAACCGACUACACUUCCAGUAUAGACGUGUGGUCAGCUGGCUGCGUGCUGGCGGAACUGUUGCUAGGACAACCAAUUUUCCCCGGCGACAGCGGAGUGGAUCAGCUGGUGGAAAUCAUCAAGGUGCUGGGCACUCCCACACGUGAGCAGAUUCGGGAAAUGAACCCAAACUACACAGAGUUCAAAUUCCCACAGAUUAAGGCUCACCCAUGGACUAAGGUGAGUAAACAGGUGUUCCGACCCCGUACGCCUCCUGAAGCCAUUGCGUUGUGCUCCCGACUAUUGGAGUACACACCCACUGCUAGACUGACCCCACUAGAGGCCUGCGCUCAUUCCUUUUUUGAUGAACUGCGGGAUCCAAAUGUAAAACUUCCUAAUGGACGUGAGAAACCAUCCCUGUUCAAUUUCACAACUCAAGAGCUGUCCAGUAACCCCUCCCUGGCCUCUAUCCUAAUUCCUGCUCAUGCACGUAACCAGACAGGGUCUACUCCCACCAAUGCCUCUGCCACUUCAGAUGCCAAUAGUGGAGAGCGUGGUCAGACCACAACUGCUGCCUCCGCCUCCGCCUCCAACACCUCCACCUGAGAGCCCAGCCAAUCAGACCUGACCCACUCUCCAAGGCCACGCUCACCCCCUCUGCUCACCAGCUUAAUGGGCAGGAUUUGAAUAAUGUAAACACCACUUUUAUUCAGACUGCAAGAGCCAACCUUCAGUUAUAUCUUUUAUUAUGAAGUCCCGAAAGAGUUCAAAAUUAAACAUGGAAAAGCCUCGUCUAGUGUAUCUAGCGACAGAGUGACAGGAAGAGAGAGCAGUGAGAAAUUGGGGGGGGUCAAACCAUAAAAACUGGUCUGUGACCAGCCGGAACGUUGUUCAUUCUCAGAGAACAAUCUUGUUAUCUAAGCAAUCUGGUAGCCAGAUCCUUCCACUUCCUUUUCAUUUAUUUGGACUCUCCUUCUCUCAUCUGGUCUGUCUCGAUCUACACAUUCUAUCUCUCUUUCCUCCAUUUCAUCUGUUUUGGGGCCUCUCAUAGAGCAUCACUUGAAUUUGGUUAGGAGCACCCUAUAUACACCCCGUAUACAUAUAUACUGUAUGUAUGUAGUGUGUAUGUAUAUUUACAAAACAAUGCCACCUACAAAACGAGGAAAUAAUGCAACACAAAUCGUAAUACUAUAAUAAUUGUAUCUAAUAAACUAUUAAGGCACGCUUACCAUACACAAGAGGUAUAAAAGUAAACGCUAAACAAAACUGCAUGUUCCAACAAAAAAGCCAACCGAGAAAUACGGCGUGAUGAUUUAAGAGUUUUAAGUGCUUUCAAGCCAUUCUGUUAGACGUUAUCAACAUGCCUCUAUCUCUGUGUUCUUGUAUGAUAUAUACAUUCACAGUUUAUAUAUUACUUUGCAUUAUGUAAUAUGUAUAUAUAUAUAUAUAUAUAUAUAUAUAUUAUAUAUACAUACACACUGGCAGCCAAAAGUUUGGAGUAAUGUACAGAUUUUGCUCUUUUGGAAGGAAAUCAGUACUUUAAAAUCACCAAGUUGCAUUCAGCUGAUCAGAAAGUAUAGUCAGGACAUUACUGAUGUAAAAAACUGCACCAUCACUAUUUGAAAAAAGUCAUUUUGGAUCAAAUCUAAACAGGCCCCAUUUCCAGCAGCCAUCACUCCAACACCUUAUCCUUGAGUAAUCAUGCUAAAUUGCCAAUUUGGUACUAGAAAAUCACUUGUCAUUAUAUCAAACGCAGCAGAAAGCUUUUUGAUUUGUUAAAUUAAGCUUAACAUUGUCUUUCUGUUUGUUUUUGAGUUGCCACAGUAUGCAGUAGACUGGCAUGUCUUAAGUUCAAUAUUAGGCCAAAAAUGGCAGAAAAGAAGCUUUCUCUUGAAACUCAUCAGUCAAUCAUUGUUUUGAGGAAUGAAGGCUAUACAAUGCUUGAAAUUGCCAAAAAUCUAGAGAUUUCAUACAAAGGUGUACACUACAGUCUUCAAAGACAAAGGACAACUGGCUCUAACAAAGACAGAAGGAGUUGUGGAAAGCCAGAUGUACAAUUAAAAAAGAGGAUAAGUGCAUCAGAGUCUCUAGUUUGAGAAAUAGAUGCCUCGCAUGUUCUCAGCUGACAGCUUCAUUGAAUUCUACCUGCUCAACACCAGUUUCAUGUACAACAGUAAAGAGAAGAGUCAGGGGUGCAGGCCUUAUGGGAAGAACUUCAAAGAAAAAGCCACUUUUGACACAGAAAAUCAAAAAGAAAAUGUUAAAGUGGGCAGAGAAGCACAGACAUUGGUCAACAGAUAAUUGGAAAAGAGUGCUAUGGAUCUUAACCCCAUUGAGCAUUUGUGGGAUCAACUAGACUGUAAGCUGCGUGAGAAGUGCCCAACAAGACAGCCACAUCUAUGGCAAGUGUUACAGGAAGUGUGGGGUGAAAUGUCACCAGAGUAUCUGGACAAACUGACAGCUAGAAUAUCAAGGAUCUGCAAAGCUGCUGUCCUUGCUGCACAUGGAGGAUUUUUUGAUGAGAAGUCUUUGAGGUAGUUUAAGUUCUGAAUAUUUAUUUCAAAUUGUAAUAGUUCUUUUUCAAGUUAUUAAUGUCCUGACUUUACAUUGUGAUUAGUUGAAUGACACUUUGGUGAAUAAAGUACCAAUUUCUUUCCAUAAGAGCAAAAUCUCUACAUUAUUCCAGCAUUAUAUAUAUAUAUAUAUAAAUAUAAUAUUAUAUUUAGAUAUAUAUACAGU